UAUCAUUUGCUUUAUUUAUGAUACCGCACCCUGAUCUGACUGACUGGAGCUGGAACUCAUGAAUCCACCAUGAUUUUACCACGGAUCUCUUGGUUAUUGGGAGCCGGAAAAGCACUAUGUAAUCCGCCACAGUUCUUGAAUCCAUACCUGGCUUCGACGACCAGCUGCAUACGUUGGGCUUCAAAGAAAGCCAGUAGCUCAAAGAGGAAUACUGGCGGGAGGAGUCCAGGAAAAAGACUUGGCCCAAAGAAGACCCAUGGUCAAUACGCGUAUGAAAACCAGAUACUGGUCCGGCAGAAGAUGAACUUUAGAUUCUACCCUGGUCAAUUUGUGAAGACAGGCAGAGACAAGACACUAGUAGCCCAAGUGGCUGGGACGAUUCGCUUCUCUAAAGAAAGAUGGCACCCCAACCAUAAGACCCAGUUUGGAAGGGAGAUCGCACCACAGAUGUCUGACGAGGAGAUGGAGAGGACUUUUGUGCAUGUCAUUCCAGAGAAGGAGGUUGGCAAUUUCACACUGGUAGAACAGGUGUAGGAAUCCCUCUUUUUGGCCAUGUAUUGCAUUUUGGAUGUCAGAUGUGGUGAUUUAGGGAACAUUUGUGCGUACAUGGGAUUCCAGAGGAGGAGGUUGGCAAUUUUACACCGGUAUGACAGGUGAAAGAGGUGGGAGGUUGCACCCCUGAUAUCAAAUGAUGGUGCGGCAGAGAGGAACAAUCAAGCUAAACGUGUGAGAACCCAUUCUGUUGGGAUACUCCACUUCUGUUGAAAUGAUGAGAAGAGGAGUCAUGAGUGUGAUACUGGAAGAGAAGGUUGGAUCGUUCAAAAUGCUGCCAUUGGAAUGAGCAGUUACAAACAUUGGAGGAUUAUUAAAGGAACUAUCCAUUUGCAUGAGAAUACAAAUCACCAUUGAUGAACAAUACUAUGUCUUAUUUACAAAACCUUUUGCUAUCCUUCUUCAAAAGUAAAACACCACUUUUGUUUUCAGUAAGGGAUCAAAACAAGUUGAGGUUGCACCUAUUCUGUGGUGUUUUGCGGGGUGUUGAACUCUCACUGAAACCAAUGGUGCGCAGUCUUUUACCAACAUUCUAUCAUAAAUUUGUUUUUCAUAAGUAAUAAUAUAUCUCACACUCGUAUACAAGAUCAAAAGUAUAUGGAAUACCAUCCCUAUUCUUCACCUUUUUAAAACUAACAAUUCAGGCUUGGCUUUUUAGAGCAAGUUUCAUUGAGAUGAACAUAAAAUGCCCCUCUCCCCUCCAUUUUAAUAAUAAUGAUAAUAUUUAAUUUUUAUAUAGCGCUUAUUACAAAUGUCUCUAAGCUAUUUAGAAAUAUACUACUACCCCGGUCAUUGGAUUCAGUGCUUGCCCGCACACACUGUGUGCAGGUUAAUAUCUUGCCAAAGGAUAUUAGUGCUGUGUCGGGAUUUGGUAUACAGGUUCAAAAUAUUAAAAAAACAUUGCAGAUAUUGUAUUAGUUGUCUCUGUCCCAGACCAUGCUUCAAGUGGCUGUUGGUUUUUACCCAGUGUUCUAUGGUCCCUAUUACACUGUGUUGUAAUUGUUUUAUGUGGAUAUACAGGAAAGCCUGCUUGUAGGAGAUAAAGAAGCUAAACGAUACUUUUACAUCGGUGAGGAUGAAUAAAAAAUUAAAAUGAAUUAUUUAUCAGA